AUGUCCACAGCCGCCACAAUGUCGCAACCUCCCUCGAUUCCUCCUCGCCCUUCCAGGAGUUCAGAUCGUCCUGCUCAGGCCGAAUCCCAACCAAUGGUCCCGCCACGCCCUAUCAAGCGGUUCGAUCGCUCCAUCUCUCCGAACCCCCACCGAUUCGCGCCCUCGCCCAUCAACGAGAGCCCCUUCUCCAAGAGCCCCAGGACGAGCCGCUUUCCCGACAGCAGCCUCGGCGGCCCCAUCCAAGACCCUAUCCAGCGCCCCGGCAGCGUCAACAUGCCCUCCGUUGGCGAGGAGGGCAACGAGUACGAGGCCGUCCGGUCGAGCACCACGGCCAACCAGCGUCCCGUCUCGCCCGAGCAGACGAGGAUGAUUGCCGAGGACCUCAAGCUUCACGCCCCGAAGCCCUCCUUCUCUGCCCAGUCUGCCAAGCAGCGCGUCGCCACCGUCACUCGCACCGACUCUGACAAGGCUGCCUCCUUUGGCAUUGGCAGGCCCAGCAGCGGCGAGCUGCCGCCGAGCUACAUCAAGAAGAAGAGGUCCAGUAUCGGACAGGCUUCUGAGGCCGGCAGCAUUGAAGUCUUUGAUGACGAGGAGCACGGCAUUCCCGAGAUUGGCCAGCAGGUGCCCUUGAACCCCCACCUCGGUGAUGUCCAGGCCCCUUCGCCGGCUCCCAAUGCCCACGGCCAAGAGUCUGCCAGGUCGCAUACCCCUCGCCACCAUGGACGCAAGCUCAGUUCGCGCGGCUACCCUGAUGCGCCUCCCGGCAGCUACGGCCUCCACGGCCACGGCACACCCAGCAACGAUAAGUUUGAGCGUGCUUGGUACGAGAAGCACCCCGAAUCGAAGAAGAGGGAAUCCCAGAUCUCCCUCCACGAUCGCCAGAAUGACUUUGCCAUGAGCAGCACCGAUCUCAACAAGAUUGUUCGCGACACCCGCGAGGCGGGCGUAGGCACAUCUACAAACUACACCGGAACGCCCAGUGAAGAAGUUGGGUACCAGGCUUCCGAAGAGUACGCUCAUCGCAUGCACUCCCGCCCGGGUUCUGCCGCCCCCAGGUCCCCGGAGCUGCGUCGCGCUUCUACCCCGCGCAAGGACUCCCCGGCCCCAGCCUCCGCUUCCGUCGCUGUCGAUGAUGAUACCGAUGUCAUCCAUGUCGAUGCCGACCACAACCGCAGCAGGAGUUUCCUCAACAGCCGCGAGAACCUUGCUCAGGAAGAUGAGUACAACACGCCCAUCCUUGCUGCCGAUGAAGUCGCCAAGAACCCUCAUCACUACAACAAGGACGCCGCCGUCCCUGCCGACCGUCGCGGUAGCUUCCUCGAUGAUGAGAACUCCAGUCGUCCCAACAGCCGCCCCUCGAGUCUUUAUCACCACGGCUCGCAGUCCCAAGUCGAGCUGACGUCGACCCCUCUGGAGGACGUCACUGAAUACGAGCCUCUGUUUCCUGAGGAGGAGGAGCAGAAGAGGAAGGCUGCUGCCAAGGCUAACGAGCCGCGCCACAAGUUCCCCAGCAAGGAUAUCUGGGAAGAUGCCCCCGACAGCGUCAACGCGACGGCCAUGGUUUCGACGCCUGAGUUCGAGGAGGAAGAUUUCAGUCCGUCGCACCACGAAGUCAUCCGUACCGAGACACCGGCGCAGGCCUUUGCCAGGCAACAAGAGGAACUGGCCGAAAAGGAGUCGCGUCAGUCGCCCGAGAGCUACGGUCUGCGCCAGACGCAUGUGCCCAGGCCUCACCCAGCCCAGCGAAUGAAGUCCCAUGAGGCGCGGCCCCAUGCCAAUCGCUUCCCCAGUCGCGAUGUCUGGGAAGACACGCCAGAGAGUCUGAUGCAUGAGACCACCGUCGACAGCCCCGACCCCGAGUCUGCCGAGCCGAACGAGUCGAACGAUGCCGCUGAUGAGACCUCCGCAACCUCGAGGCCUGCGGUGCCUGCUCGCCCGCAAAAGAAGCUCUCCACCGACAAGCCUACAAUUCCCGAGAGGCCCAAGCCAAGCUCGACACCGAGCGACGAGCGCCUCAAGCCCGUCAUCUCCGACAAGCCGAAGCCUCAGGUGCCGGCGCGCCCCACCAAAACUUUGCCCUCGGGCGUCGAUUCCAAGGAGCAGGAUGCUGCCCCGAGGCAAAAGCCGGCGGUGCCUGCUCGCCCCGUCGGCAGCAAGAUUCAGGCCCUGCAGGCCGGCUUCAUGUCGGACCUCAACAAACGUCUGCAGCAAGGCCCACAAGCCCCCGCCAAGAAGGAAGAACCCCCAGCGGCAGACAUGAUUGAGGAGAAGGAGAAGGCACCGCUUGCCGACGCUAGGAAAGGCCGCGCCCGCGGUCCUCAGCGCAGGGCCCCUGCGGCGAAGAGCCAGUCGCAGGCCGCGGAUCUUAGGUCCAGUGUGCCCACGUUGAGUUUCUCGCCCCUGAGGACGUGCUGGAGUAUCGGUGAUGAUGGCAUCCUUGAGAUCGAGAACAGCAAACCUCAGCCAAAGAAGGAGGAGCCCGAGAUCGAAUUCGCACCCGAAGCCGUUGAGGAGGAGUCUGUGCCUGAACCAGAGUCCAAUCCUGUCGAGCCUGCCUCGACAGCAUUCGAAGCUGCAGAGAAGGGGAUCGACAGUUUUGUGCCGAGCGAGAAGCUAGAGUCCGAGGCUGCCGCGACAAGUACCGAGCAGCAGGUCUCUCUCGAGGUGACAAAACCUCAGGAGACCGAUGCUGCGCCUGUUGAGGAGCCGGCGGAGCAGGUCAAGACGCUGGCCAGCAACACGGCUGGCGAGCCGAUCCUGGAGGCGCAGAUUCAGCAGGCCGAGGAGGUGAAGCCUGUCGCGGUCCAGCAGCUGGGUGGCGAGGCCGCGUGA